AUUGUAUUUGUAAUUUUGUAUGGGCGGAGGGAUGAAGUGGUGGGAGGAAGGGAAGCCUGUUGUUGCAAUGCUGGCUGUUGAUUUCGCCUUGGCUACUGUGAAUGUAUUCCUCAAGAAGGCUCUUGACCAGGGAAUGAACCAUCUGGUUCUCAUAACCUACCGACAGUGCGUUGCCACCGUCUUCUUAACCCCUAUUGCCUACUUCUGGGAAAGGAAAAGCAGGCCCAAGCUCACGGGUCGCAUUUUAUUCAAUCUUUUCUUAAGUGCAAUGGCCGGGGCAACAUUCACACAAUACUUCUUUCUUCUUGGAAUACAAUAUACAUCUGCCACCUUCUCCUGUGCUUUCAUCAACCUGGUGCCUGUGGUCACAUUUUUGAUGGCUCUGCCAUUUGGUCUAGAGACAGUAGACCUAAAGAGCAAAGGUGGGAUUGGGAAGGUGUUGGGGGCACUAGUGUGUGUGGGAGGUGCCAUGUUGCUGGGACUUUACAAAGGAGUAGCAUUAACAAAACCUUCAAAUCCCCAAGCCCUAACUCAUGCCAACAGCCUUAGUCCGAGCAAGAGGGCAGAGAGAUGGAGGAAUAUUGGUACAUUGGCCUUGGUCGCUGGCUGCACCUUGUGGUCUUCUUGGUUCUUCAUCCAAGCAAGGAUUGGCAAGCAAUACCCAUGCCAGUACUCCAGCACCACCUUCAUGUCAUUCUUCAGUGCUCUUCAAUCCGCUACGCUCAGCUUGGUUGUGGGCGGAAGGGAUUUUUCCUCGUGGAUUCUUUCAAGUAAAGUUGAGAUGUUAACUGUCUUGUAUGCUGGAAUAAUGGGAUCAGGGUUGAGCUUUGUGGGGAUGUCCUGGUGUGUAAAGAAAAGGGGUCCCCUCUUCACUGCAGCAUUCAGUCCUCUCAUUCAGGUCGUUGUAGCCAUGUUUGAUUUCUCCAUUCUGAAUGAACAACUUCACCUGGGAAGCGUCUUGGGAUCAGUCCUGGUGAUUGUUGGCCUGUAUACCCUUCUGUGGGGUAAAAGCAAAGACGCCCAAAAUUGCGCAAUUAAGCAACCCCAAGCACCCGAUGAUCAGGAGCAGGAAUAUCAAGAGCAACCAGUGUAAUUAAUUAAUGAAUUCCUGGUGUUAAUCGACACAAAUUAUCAAAUCAUGUCUAAUAUAGUUCAGGAAUUUUGUUGGGCCUUGUAGUUGUAACUUAUUCUCAG